CCGAUCUUUAACACGGUCUUCCUUUCUGUUUAUUUCUUUGGAUCCUCUGCUCUCUUCUUUUCUUUCUUAAUCUCUUUGCUGUGGUUGUGUUCUCUUUACUUCCAUCCCUCUACUUCUAGCUCUCCACCAUUCAUCCUUACACUCUUUCCUUUCCCAUCUCUCAUGGCGAUAUACUUCAUCUUCUAGCAUAGGUUAUAUCGCUUCCUGACGCUCAGCUUCUCAUCCGUCUAUCCCUGCCGAAGACUGAGUUGCAAGUUGGCGCUGCCAAGCAGCCAUGUCUUCGCCGAUUCGCCCUCAGUUUUUCUGUACUCGCCCAAAUGGCACCCUCACUCCCCUGGUUGCUGUCGACGAGCUGCCCUCACAUAUCUCAAUCCGCGGUGCUCCCCGUACCCUCUCGCCAAGCGAAACUCAAGGCAUGACUAGUCUGGGUACUGUUAGCUCUAGAUUGCAAUUCUAUGUCCUCGAGGGCACUCUCCCACACACAACUCGCGCGUCGCCCGGUACCGCACCUGGACAUCGCUCCCGCGACAAUGACGUGCAGGCGACGCUUAUGAAUCUUGCUUCCGAUGAAAAUAUACCUGUUAGCCAGAGAGUUGCUAUCAGUACGCUACUGCAACAUGGUGUAUCUCAGAACUGGUUUGCGACACCUUCCUCGUCCAGCGGCUGGCUGGUCCCAAGCAGCAAUGUGAAUCCCCAAGGAAACGGUACUGCUAGACAGAGCCCCCACUACAACUCGAAGAAAGAGUACUGCUCCUAUUGGAUCCGUCAUGGCGAAUGCGACUAUCAGCAACAAGGAUGCCUCUAUAAGCAUGAAAUGCCUCACGAUUUGUCCAUGCUAGAGAAGCUUGGUCUGCGCGACAUCCCUCGCUGGUACCGCGAUAAGUUCAAUAUUCCCAGCCUACUUCCCAAUGGGCAUGGACAUCCUCGUACCCCCCUAAACCAUACACUCCCUGCACCCGAUGCUGGUUCCUACAGCAGAUCGCUUCCCUAUCACCCGCGCAUGGGUAUGAAUGAAGUGCUUGACGCGCCUGAGAUAAAGAAGGAGCCUGAACAGGAAUUUGCUGCAAACCAGCUCUCCAUCCAGCAAUCUUCAUUGGGAUUUCCUGGUGCCUCGAGACUCGCUUUUCCGGCUACGGACGCAGCGAAAGCUUCUAAGACUCAUAGGGUAGAGCAAAAGCACACUCCCAGUUCCAAGAGUGUGGCUCUUAGGAAGCUCGAUCUUCUGUCUUUUGAUCCGCUCCCGGAAUUCCAGGAAUAUUCAUCCUUGAGGCCUGCCAACGGAAACAACUCGCCUGCUUGUGACUAUCCACGCCCGCAUGAGAGUACUGCUUACAAGAACGUUGUUACCGAUCCUUUUGAAGGCACUUGCAGAGAUUCGCGUGGAAGUUUUGGCCGUAUCCCACCUUUCCUACCUGCCUCUCUUGGUAUGAAUCCGUGCCAGGGUUCAAGUAUCUUACGGGAUGCUGUACCUCAGGGACGUUCCAAGAAGACCCAUAGGUCCCGUCGUUUGUAUCAGCCUCGAUCACAAUUCCCAUCGGAUGAUCCAAACUCUGAAAUGGAGGAGCGAGUCGCUGGGGCGAGCUAUUCUAGCCAGGCCACUCUUCCGUCAAAUUGUGCAUCGCCUGCCUCGAAGGUCACAUUUGGGACUUUCGGAUCUCUCCAGACGCAUGCUAACCCGAAUCUCAUGCAUGGAUGUGCCGCAUCCGAGCCGCCUACUCGAGAUGCCUCCCCUUCUACACACUCCAGUACUGCGUCGUCGGAGUCCAGCCCUGGAAAGCGUCGCAAUCGCGUCAAAGGCAAGAGCCACAAACCCAAUUCCGGGACCAUUGGUCAGAAGAUUUAUCGCGAGCGCUCUGUCGGAUCUUCCGAAGAUGAAUUUUUCGGCGGCUUGUCCAUGGAAGAGGAGAAGUAAAUAGAGACUCUACUAGGUGAGACCGGAAGGUGCCCACACGUCUAUGGUCUGAGGCUUUCUUCUACUUGAUCGGAAACCAGCUGUUUGUUCUUCGCCCAUCACACAUAAAUAUGUGACUUUGCGGCUUUUCCAGGUGCUACGAUGCGAAUUACUAUGAUAUGCUACACGGGAUCUCCUUUGCGAAAUAAAUAU